AUGUUGUUUCGUUCCUUCCAAUCGCUCCUUCCUGGAGCAAGAUGGGGCGGUCUUCUUAACUCUUUCUCUAUGAAAAGAGCUCAGUUACUUCCUAGUUUACAAGGACUUAAUGGCAUAGGAAGUGGUUUGUUGCGAUCUUCAUUCCCUGCUUUUGAAGGUGCAGGUAUGCAACAGCAAGUUCGAUGGAAAACUAUGGGAAACGAAUAUCAACCUUCGAACCGUAAAAGAAAAAGGAAGUUUGGUUUUUUGGCAAGAAUCCGUUCCAUCAACGGUAGGAAGAUAUUGAGAAACCGUCGCAGAAAAGGAAGAAUGUAUUUAACCCAUUAA